UCUUACCUUGAUCACUCCAUGAAAGUGUAUAUUCAAUUUAUUAGUAAGUAAAUAAAAAGUUUAUAAUAACAACAAUUACCUUUUUUUGUGACCUCAUCAUAACCAGUGAAUUAAAUCAACUAAUUUAAUUAAGUGACAACAAUAAUUGUCUAAUCUUAAUUUAAUCAAUUGAUUUGUAAACAUCAUUUCCAUCACGAUUGUGUUAAUUUGAAAUCUUUUUUUAUUUCUCCAAAACAAAACCAAUAAUAAUAAUCAACUCUAAUUGUUUGUGUUUCUAUUAAUUAGAUUAACAUGGAGUUAAUUAUGGAUGAGGAUCGGCUUGAUGAUAGUUUAUGUUCCAGUAAUAAUGGAUCAACAUCAUUGAUCAUUGAUCAAAGUGAUUUAACUAAUAACAAGAAGGAGAUUAAAUCAAUUGAAUCCUCUGAAAAUAUUGUUAUUAAUCAUAGUGAGUCCAACAAUCAACAGGAUAAUGAUAAUAAUAAAAUUGGUUGUGAUGAUAAAGUUAACAAUGAGGUUACAAUUAACUCCAAUACAAGUAAUUGCGUUAAAUCAACACGAUUAUCAUUUAGUAUUAGUAGAUUAUUAUCAAAAUCAUCGUCACCACCGAUUUCAUCAACAAUUAAACAACAACAUUCACCUGAUCCAGUUAUCCCAAGUUCAAUUUCACCUCCAUUGUCAAUGUCAACAUCUUCCAAUUCAUCUUCCUCUUCCGCAUCAACCCAUUCAUCCCAUGGUUCAGAAUUGUCUAAUUGCUCAUCUAAUGUAAUCAUGAUGAACGAAGAUAAUUAUAAUACUAAUCAUCAUAAUAAUAAUAACAGAAUUAAAGAGGAAGAUGAGUUAAUUGUGAACAAUGGUAAUCGUGAAGAUGAAGAUGAUGAUGAGGAUAAAAUUAUAUCAAGUCCAUUGAUGUUUGAUAAGAAACUAUUGAUUCCAAGUCAGUCAAGUAUUACAGUUAAAUCAAACUCACCACAACCACUACCACCGACAACAACAACAACAACAACAACAACAACACCAUCACCACCAUCACAGUUACUAUCAACCAAUGGAUCAAAUAAAUUAUCAUUAAAAGAUAAAUUUAAUGAUAAACUAAAUGAUAGUGAAAAUAAUUUAAUGGCAGCAAGUUUUUAUCAUCAUUAUAUUACCGAUGCUUUUAGUGAUUCAAUGUUGAGACUACAUCAUGCUCAUCAUCAUGCUCACCACCCUCAUCAUCACCAACAGCAACAACAACAACAACAACACCCUCACCAUCCAAGUGUCACUCAUCCUCAUCAUCAUCAACUUUACCAUCCACAUGCUCAUCACCCAUUAACUAAUGGUACCAAUUCAAUUCCAGCUCAUCAAAGGUCAGCUUAUCAAUCAGCUUAUCAUUCAUCUCCAGUUGAAGCUUCACAAUUAUUGAGACCAGCGUUUAGUAUAAGUCGUUUGUUAUCAUCAGCAAAUCGCAAUGAUUCAGUGUCUUCAUCUUCAUCUUCAUCAAUAUCAUCAUCAGGUGCCAAUAUUGUAGGUACAAGUAAUAGUAAUAAUAAUAAUAAUAAUAAUGGCAGUGGUGGUGGUGGUCGGUCAACAGGAUCAACGAAAGACUCAAUUCACGAUCCUCGAUUCCCUGCUAAUCCAGUCCUGCGAUCAUCUCUGUUUACAAGCCAUCAUCCUGGUCAUCAUCACACUCACCAUCCAACACAUCAUCAUCCUGCUCAUCAUCAUCAUCACAACAAUCUAACCCUUGGCUAUCCUUUGGCCUGGAUGUCCAGUUCAAGAGGUAAACCUCGAAGGGGAAUGAUGAGACGAGCGGUUUUUUCUGAUGCUCAGAGACAAGGAUUAGAAAAACGUUUCCAGGGACAAAAGUACAUCUCCAAACCUGAUAGGAAAAAAUUAGCUGAAGAAUUAGGAUUAAAAGAUGCUCAGGUUAAGAUUUGGUUUCAAAAUCGUCGGAUGAAAUGGAGAAAUUCAAAAGAACGUGAAUUAUUAUCCCAUGGUGGAUCUCGAGAGCAAACACUUCCCACCAAGAAUAAUCCUAAUCCGGAUUUAACUGAUGUGGGUGCAAAUGAAUCUAAAUUGAAAUCAUCUUCAACUAAAUCAUCAUCUUCCUCCUCUUCCUCCUCCUCCUCUUCCCACUCUUGCACCUCAUCAUCCUCUGCAGUAGUUACACAAGGAAAACACUCUAAACACCAACAUAAACAUUCAAUUGAAAGAUUCACUGAUGUUUAAUCAUCAUCCAGUUGGAUAACAAUUGAAUCCGUUUUAACUUUUGGUUAAUCUUAUCUACGCCUUAAUUGUAAUACCAAACCCACUCACCUGGAUGUUACUGUUUAAUUAAUGAUGAUUUAAAGAUGCAAUGGAUUGAUAAACAAUCGGAUAAUUGCUGCAACAAUUGGAUUUAAUUGUCAUCAUCAGUACCAUCAUUAACUGUCACAAUUAACUUAAUUACUGUAAAGUAAAAACCUCAAUACUAAUUGUAAAAUGUGUUGUAAAAAUGUAAAUCAACAAUCAACAAUCAAUAUAUUAUUAUUAUUAUUACAAUUAAACUGUAAUCUGUAAAUGAUUAAUUUAAUAGCUGAUUCAAUUAAACUGAUUUUACAAAUAAAAAAAAAUUAAGG